GCAUGCUCUCUUGCUCUAAGACUAAGCCGAUCCGAUGCAGAAAGAUGUUAUGGCGUUGGCUAUGGAGUUUCAGCCGCGGAGUGAGAUCACCUGGAGGAGCGGUCGCUGGCCUUUUUCGCUCCCGUCUUCAGGAGGGAGAAUCCUUGCUUCUCGCCCAGGAGUCUACGCAGACGGAUAACAGCUGGCGUGGCAAGCAUCAGCAGCCCAAAACCUUUGGAGACAGGAAUGUCUACUGCUAUACUCCAUUAGAAGCCUUUACAUGGAGUACAUUGGCUGUUCUUGCUUUGGAAUUAAUGAAACAGGCCCACUGGCUGCAUUCUGUUCAACCAGAUGGAAGAAACACUAAAGUUUGUCAGUCAAAGCCAUGGAGUGCUGAUUUGUCCCAAUGUCAUCAAUCAGGGAAUUUUGUCUCCCCAUCUAGUACCAGCUUUGAACCAGAUUCUUCCCUAUUGGAUUUGAAGACCAUCUUAGAAGAGGAAGAAUUAGUUAAAGAAGCUGCUUCUCAAGUGCAAGAAACAUUUCAAGCCAGCAUUUCAGUAGCAUCCAACAUCCUUGGGAAUUUUGUCUCCCCAUCUAGUACCAGCUUUGAACCAGAUUCUUCCCUAUUGGAUUUGAAGACCAACUUAGAAGAGGAAGAAUUAGUUAAAGAAGCUGCUUCUCAAGUGCAAGAAACAUUUCAAGCCAGCAUUUCAGUAGCAUCCAACAUCCUUGGACUUGAAAACAUGCAAGCUGAACAGUCCAAAAUGGCUUUUUGCUGUUUCAAAAUGGCUGCAGACCACAAUUAUAGCAAAGCCCAAUACAAUGUAGGAUUAUGCUAUGAACAUGGAAGAGGCACCACAAAGGACAUGACUAAGGCAAUCCUCUAUUAUCAGCGGGCAGCUCAUCAGGGACACCUCUUGGCUCAAUACCGCUAUGUAAAAUGGCUUUUCUGCUGCUGGUAUAAAGCAGUUAUGCAGAACCAGAAUGAAUUACCACUGAAAGAAAGAACCUGUCGGUCCAGUCCUUGCCUUCAGAGCCUUGGUCAGCCACUGAGUGUUCACUUGGGACAGCCAGCUAUUGCCUUGCUUCGCUCAUGGAGUAUAGGACAUCUGGAAGAUAUGGCAGAUAGUUGUGAACUGCAAUCCUAUUUGGGGUUAUCUGAUGAAGUCUCCAUCAAACUACAGCCUUUACCCUGCUGUUCAGAAAUAGUAGUUGAUUAGCAUAGAUCAUGAGGAAACUUCCUUUUCAGAAACUUGAAAAACAUAUAUUUACUUUUUAUAAGCUUAGAAGCAGAUAGACAUUUUGAAGUUAUAUUUAAUUGCCUCAUAAAUGUAUAACUUCUUACCUCGUACUGAAGUAAGAAGUUAUUGAAUUUUAUAACCAAACCCAGCUUGAAUGUACUAUUUCAUCCUACAAGUUUGUGUUCUCACUAACCUCAUGAAAGUAUAAGUAUUAAUAUGCUUAUAUGACAACUUUUUUACAAACUUCAAAAAUAGUCACCAAGCUAAUUGCCUUCAUUAACUGUUUUGGAGAAAAUUUGUACUCAGUAUUUGAACUGAACAUUCUCAUUACAAUCAGACCAUGAAAAUGUUACAUGAGACAGGAGCUGAUGUCGCAACAGUCGAUACUUUUGCUGCUGGAUGGUCCUUUUGGACCUAAACCGUCCCGAAGAGAUGGUGACAAGGAAGAGUACG